UGUAGUUUAAUUUGUUUGCGAGUUCGAGGUGUACUAUGCUGUUAACGCACGUACUUUGUUUCAGUAUGUUUGCUUUCGGCAAGUUAAAGUAUUUUUCAAUUAGCGUAUGUCGAAGUCUGUGUAAUAUUAGUAAAGGGCUCGGCGAAUUUCUUGAGUUAAAAUAUUAUUUUAAUGUAUUUCGGCAGUAUAAGAUAUACAAGCGAACGUAAACUAAGUACUUGCGACUUUACUAUUUAUUAUUACCAAGACAACAACAAAAAUGCCUUGCUCAAGCACACACGAUCUUUCUACGGCCACCGUUGACCAAAAGGUCAAACUCACACUUGAUGAACUCAACCUGUCUAAUCAACAACUGACCAAAAUCAUGGAAAAAAUGAUCAAAGAAAUGGUGAAGGGGUUGGGCAAAGACACAAAUGAGGAUGCCACAGUUAAAAUGAUCCCAUCCUAUGUUAAAUCAUUGCCAGAUGGAACAGAACGUGGUCAAUUUUUGGCUCUCGAUCUUGGAGGAACCAACUUUCGUGUCCUCCUGGUAAAAAUCAAAGAAGCCGAUGAAAUUAACGGCCAACCCAAAAUAGAAAUGGACAGCCAGAUCUACCGCAUGCCCGAGAAUGUUAUCACUGGGAAAGGAGAUGAGCUUUUUGACCACAUUGCGUUAUGUAUGGCUGACUUCUUGAAGAAACUUGACCUCUUGGACCACAAACUACCUGUUGGUUUCACAUUUUCAUUUCCUUGCAAGCAAGAUGGUCUUGACCAUGCAACACUUAUAACUUGGACAAAAGGUUUUAGUGCAUCUAAUGUUGUUGGAAAAGACAUUGUCAAAAUGUUGAAGACUGCUAUCGAUAAAAGAGGGGAUUUCAAAUGCAACCUUGUGGCUGUUGUAAAUGACACUGUUGGAACAUUGAUGUCUUGUGCACACGCACAUAAAGAUACACAGAUUGGACUAAUUGUUGGAACUGGUUCCAAUGCUUGUUACAUGGAGAAGAUGUCGAACAUUGAAAGGUUGGACAGUAACAAGGGGGGUAUGUGCAUUAACAUGGAAUGGGGGGCAUUUGGGGACGAUGGCGCACUUUCAGAUUAUAGAAACGAAUAUGAUGUCCAUGUUGAUGAAAACUCACUCAACAGUGGAAAACAACUGUAUGAGAAAAUGAUCAGCGGAAUGUACAUGGGUGAAAUAGUGAGACUUGUGUUAGUUAAAUUAACUGAAGACGGCCUUCUGUUUGGCGGUGAAACAUCAGAAGCUUUAAAAACACCCGGUACCUUCCAAACUUCUUAUGUUUCCCAAAUUGAAAGUGUCUCAAAGAAUGCUUUUCCCAAAAAGGAGCACAUAUUAGAUGCAAUACCAAGCGGCAUGACAGCAGUUCAAAACAUUCUUGCCAACCUUGGCAUUGGAGCCAUGAGAGCCGACUGUGAAGUUGUCAUUCAAGUUUGUAAAGCUGUCUCACGGAGAGCGGCGCACCUUUGUGCGGCAGGAAUUGCAGCGGUUGCACGAAAAAUCAAGGCGAAUCAUCCUGACAGGGAAACCCUUAGAAUGACUGUGGGUGUGGACGGUACAGUGUAUAAGAAGCAUCCGACUUUUAGUCAAAUGAUGUCCGAAAAAGUGGACGAACUCUGCGCCGGCGCUGGAGUCGAUGUACAUUUUGCUCUGUCUUAUGACGGUAGUGGCAAAGGUGCCGCGCUUAUUACCGCUGUUGCGCAACGAAAGAUUGGAUCAGACGAAUAGGUUAUUAUUUUUGCAAGGAGAACCGGCGUACGUCGCGUUCCAAGUUUAAUUGCGACGAUUUCGCGUUUUGAGGGCCUUCUAUACAAUAACGAUCAUAAAACAGCACUAAGUUCCAACUCGAAUAAACAAUUCCGUCACCUAAGUUAUUAUUCUUAAAAAUCUUUGCAGUUAUCUCUUCUUACCUUAACUGCACUUCUUUUAAAACAGGUUCAAAUCACCUAAAUUAACCAAUCUGUACCAGAGCAAUGGUACCACCCGUUUCACUGUCAAGAUAAAAUGUUGUACUUUAAAAAUUGUUCGUGUCUUCGGUAUCGACUGUGUUGCUAUAAAUGUGUCUCACUUGUGCACCAAAACACUUUAUUUAUUAUUAUUAUUACACAUAUAUACACACCGUUUAUGCGUGAUAUACUAACUUUAUUUUUUGUAUAUAUAAAAUUUUUAAUAAAUCUUAUCAAACAGCAACUUUUCCUAACCCACUUUAUUCUUCUUCUUAUAAUGUUUAUAAUGUUUUAUACGCUUGGCCUACUUCCCUAUAAUAUGUGUUAUAGUUUUUAACUUAAUGGUAGUUCAAUUAAUUAUAAAUCUGUAUACACACGAUAAUACCACGACAAGUUUUACAUUUCUAUAUGCUGUGCUUCUUUUUACGUGUUGUGUGUAUUAAUAAAGCAAUACAACAGUACAAUAAUGUAAA